AUGGACACUUCUGGUUCUCGUUUAUCAAACGGCGAGAUCAUCGUGACGCCUCUUCAGGUUGUCCAUGCAAUGGCCUCGAGAAAGCCUGCAACGCCCCUUCCACGACUUCAGAUAGGCGUACUUAUGAUGUUGGAACUGGCAGAAUCUAUAGCUUUAACAUCCAUAUACCCGUAUAUCAAUCAGUUUAUCAGAGAACUUGAUAUCACUGGAGGUGACGAUGCGGCUGUAGGAUACUAUGUUGGAUUAAUUGAUUCUCUAUUUUACCUCGCCCAGGCGCCGACAUUAUUGAUCUGGAGUCAGUUGUCCGACCGCGUUGGACGCAAGCCAGUGCUAUUAAUAGGACUAACAGGAGCUUGCAUUUCGAUGAUAUGUUUAGGCCUUUCGACAACCUUCUGGAGCCUAGUUAUCAGCCGCUGCAUGUGGGGUGUAUUAAAUGGGAACAUUGGAGUCAUGAAGACUGUGAUGGGUGAAUUGACGAAUUCUACAAACAUCGCUCACGGAUUUGCCUUGCUUCCAAUGAUCUGGUCCAUUGGAAACUGUGCUGGCCCUUUGAUAGGGGGAAUGCUCGCGCGGCCACAGGAUCACUGGCCUAGCCUAUUUCUUAAUUCGUUUUGGGGAAAAUACCCGUACUUUCUUCCUUGUGUAGUUUCUGCUUCUCUGCUCCUCUUGACCUUUUUCAUGGUUUUAUGCUUCUUGAAAGAAACAUUAUCGACCAAGUGCAGACCCAGGUCGACAUCAACAAUGCCCGGUGUUUCUCGUGGUGUCGAUGAUCAGGAAGCCUUUGUGCUACAAUCCACGCCAAAUACGCCCUUGUGGUCUCUGCUCACACCAGCCAUUAUUAUUCCGAUCGCAAACUACACCGUGUUGGCCUUUCUUGACAUGUCUUUGAGGUCUCUCAUACCGCUGUUCCUUUCCACACCCACUCACCUUGGCGGCAUGGGUCUUCCUCCCUCUUCUAUUGGUUUGUGGCUGGCGUUCUGUGGGAUCGUGGAUGGACUCUGUCAAGUAUUGUUCUUGGCUAAAGUUGUUGAUCGGGUUGGUCCCAAGCGUCUAUUCUGUGUAUCCGUGUCGUGCUUCACACCGCUUAUGGUCUUGUUCCCGAUAAUGUCGUGGCUAGUACACACAAGGGGGAUGGUUGAUCAUGCAGUUAUGUAUGCCUUGCUUUGCCAGCUGAUUCUGAUAGUAACGUGGGAUAUGGCAUUUGCUGCUGCUUUGAUGUUUGUCACAACUUCUGCCCCUGCGAAGAAUGUUCUUGGAUCUGUCAAUGGUCUCUGUCAAAGCUCCGGAUCGAUAGCUCGUGCCCUUGCGCCUGCCUUAACCACAUCUCUCUUCGCAUUUUCAAAGGAACACAAUAUUCUCAAUGGAAAUGCAGUAUAUGUCUUCUUAAUCAUAAUGUCUGGUACCCUGAGGUGGCUGGGCUCGCAGCUGCCAGAUGAAAUACAAGACCGGGACAGGGAUGAGUGA